AAACAGCGCAGAAACUAAACUGCAGAAAGGAGUUUUCUCAAGUGUUUUUCGUUUUUUAAAAUAUUUUAUACGUUAAAUUUGUAGAUUAAAACUGUUCAAACCGGGUGAGUUCGCUCGUGUUUAACUUGAAAAUAACCCUCGGUUAGGAGAACAGACGGAGAGACGGAGCGUCGCAACAUCGUUUUCUGCGGGAAAAUAAAAUAAUUCAACACAAAAAUGGAUUUUAUCAGGAGCUAAAACUCUUCAUCACAGCUUCGGGAGUUUUCUGGAGAAAAAAUAAGAAAAUGUUUGACAAAAGGACUGUGGAGCUUCAUGUGGAGGUGCAGGAGGUCCGGGGGAAAACCGUGAAGGAGCCCUUCUCCUCCCAGUAUCGCUGUGGCUCCCUGCUGGGCAGCGGCGGCUUCGGCUCCGUCUUCUCAGGACAGAGGCUGUCUGACGGCCUGCAGGUUGCCAUCAAACAGAUUUCCAGAGACAGAGUUCAGCAGUGGGCCAGGCUGCCCGGCGAGGUCAGUCCCGUUCCCAUGGAGAUCGCCCUGCUGCAGCGGCUGUCAGAGGUCGGAGGUCACAGCGGGGUCAUCAGGCUGCUGGACUGGUUCGAGGUCAGUGGGCGGGGCUUCCUGCUGGUGCUGGAGCGCCCGCCGCACAGCCAGGACCUGUUCGACUUCAUCACCGAGAGAGGAGCGCUGCCCGAGAGCCUCGCACUCAGGUUCCUGCGUCAGCUGGUGCAGGCGCUGCUCUUCCUGCAGGCGCAGGGCGUCGUGCACCGCGACAUCAAGGACGAGAACAUCCUGGUGGACACGAGGACGCUCGACGUCAAGGUCAUCGACUUCGGCUCCGGAGCCGUGCUCAAAGAGACGCCGUACAGCGAGUUCGAGGGUACGAGGGUCUACUCGCCCCCCGAGUGGGUUCUGUCCCAGCGCUACGAGGCCGGCUCGCUCACCGUCUGGUCUCUGGGCGUCCUGCUGUUCGACAUGGUGUGCGGCGACAUCCCGUUCGAGCGGGACGAGGAGAUCGUCUCGGCGACGCCCAGCUUCACCCGGCGGAUCUCCACAGAAUGCCAGUCUCUGAUUCGCUGGUGUCUGUCCUACCGGCCCGAGGACCGACCAACCCUGGAGCAGAUCCUGUCCCACCCCUGGAUGGAGGGCGGGGCCAUGGAGGGGGAGGAGGAGGAGGAGGAGGAGGAGGGAGUGGAGGGCGAGGAGCACAGCUCGCUGCCCAGCCAGUCUUUAUGAACACACACACACACACACACACUGAUGGACUGGUUGCCAUGGAGAUGUUUCACGGUGUUGUGUUCACCUGAACAGGCCGAACUCACGUUGCAGUUCCUCUGGUCGGCCAGCAGGGCGGCGCUGCAGACAGAAACCACUGGACUUUAACCUGCAGUCGGUCGCCUUGACGACAAAAACCUGUUCAUUUUUUUCUUUUUUCAUCCUUCUGCACUGUUACCAUGACAACACUGGAGUCUCCUGACGAGGACAAAACUGUUCUCGUUUGUUUGGUUGUUUGUUUGUUUGUUUGUUUGUUUGUUUCACACUGUUUCACACAGCUGUGGGUUCACCAGAGAGUCUAAACAAUAUGAUAAAAGUGUCCGCCUGCAGGGGGCGCCGCCAAGUACUAGUAAUACCACUAAUAGUACAAUACUACUAGUACAAAAGUACAGUACUACUAGAAAUGCACUGGUAAGUGAGGGGGAUUAUUUUAACACGGGAUUAAAGUGUCACCUCUCUAGUCUAUUCUGCUGUUUAGCUCAGUGCUGCCCCCGGUGGACACAGUGCUGACCUGCAGGCUGUUUAGCUCAGUGCUGCCCCCGGUGGACACAGUGCUGACCUGCAGGCUGUGUCUCUGGCUCCCAGCAGGUGUUUUGUGUGUUUUCUGUCUCUGGGUCCAGCUGGUUUGUAGUCAGGAAGUUAUUUAUGUGAACGCAGCCUCACUUCCUGUUUGAUUGUUUUUUUUUUUUUUUUCAGUCAUUUUGCUGCGGCAAGAACAAAGAAGAUUCCUGUUUUAUUUUCAGGAUAUUUAUUGGAUAAUUUAUUUUGGUAUUAAAAGGUGGCCUCUGUUCGGGACUUUGGCAUAUUGUCAGAAUACCGUACGUUUUUUGUAGCGGUGUUUUCCUCCAAUCCUGUUCACGUUCACUUUGUGUUUUAUUUAUUCAGCCGUCUGAAUGAAGAAACAAAAAAAAUGUUAUUCAAGCCUCUGAACAACAACACAGUCACCACUCUGCCUCAUCAAGAUGCUCUUUCUUUACUUUAGAGUGUUGUGUAAAAAAAAAUCGAACCCUAACCCUAAAAUACAUUUAAAGGUGAGCAAAAAAAGAAGGAAAAAGUCAAAGAAUGUUUAUUUUUUUUAAGGGAAACUGUAAUCAGAGUUCUAUAUAAUUUCAUCUAUAUCUUUUUUUUCUCAUAGGCCUUAUUUAUGUAUUUAUUAUAAAAAUAUUUUUGAAAAGAAAUAAAGAGGGUUUUUGUUGUUCAGAGGGUUGAAAAUGAGCUGCUGGGUUUCAGCCACAGAUUUCCUCACAGGUUGAACUGUGACACAUAAAACAUAUAGAAUAUGAGCGUGAACGUGUCAGUGCCUUCAGAAGCCAACAGAAAGCUGUUGGCUGUAAAUACUUGUGUAUUCAUUCACGUUUUAUUGUGAAAGUGGCUCUUCUGUCACUUGUUACUUCCUGUUUAUUUACAUUAAAUAAUAUUCUGGAUCGAGAAAAACCCAGCGAUCCGCCGUUCGUUUGAAUAAACUUAUU